UGAACAACAAUUUAAUUUCAAAGUGUGCUUCACUCGUGAAUCUGCGUACCGAGUGCUUACUUGUUAUCGCGAUAAUAUUAUUUCCUGUGUCACAGAUACUUCCGGCCAUAUCUUAUAAUCAUCGGUAAUCUGUAACUCCGUGUACAACAGAAAUCUUUUAACAUAAUUUGGUGUUUUGUAAUAAUUAGUAGCAACUGAGCGUAUCUACAGUUCGCUUAUAAUGCGAGUGAAACGCUCACCAUUGUUCCUGUCUAAGAUUAAACGAAAUUCAAGAAGUUUCUUGUAUCAUCCAAAUCUGGGUAUAAAUGUUGUCAAAAGGAGCAAUACGUCAGUAAACAAAAAAAUACUUUCCAAUGAACAAAAAGAAAUACUACAACUUUAUCCACACAACAUAUCUCUCCGUCGCCACGAAAACACAUCUGAUUGUCUCCUCCAGACAAUUACAUUGCCAGCCAGUGGUCUUUUAUCAGCGGCUGUUGAUUCUUCCGAUAAAAUCACUCUAUACUUCAAUGAUAGAUCUCUUUUGUUCUUUGUUCAUGAGAGCGACGUAAAGGAAUAUAUUGUUUCAGACGCUGGCUUAAUCAUACCUCUUCUGUAUGCUGCGUCUUCUUCCAGUCUCCAGUGUCACGUCCGCGUCGAACAGAACUCAAUAUAUCUGGAUAUCUACUUAAAGGAAUCCUUUAUUUCUGAAACUUUUGAGUUCGCUUCCAAGCCCAUAUCUGGUCUACAGUAUGAAAAGCUGCAUGACUUUAUAACACUGUUGUGUAGCGGAAAUGCCAAUUUCCCUUCAUCUUGUAAAUCACUUGUGUAUGAACACCAAUGCGAGACUCAAUUUGAAUUUGUAAUAAUGUUAAAAUCUUUAUAUAAUAUUGCCCAAAGCCAUCACAUGGACACGAAAGUCUUCUGGGAUUCUCCCUCCCUUAACCCGCAGCAUAAGAAUCUACUCACACUGCUGCGUCCUUAUCAAUGCGAUGCUGUUAAGUGGAUGCAUUAUCAAGAAUGCAACGGGUUUUCAUUGGAAGAUGAUGUGUUGCAGAGAAUGUUCAUUAACAUUGAGCUGCCAAACGACAAAAAUGUGCUCCAUUUUUGUCUUUACUCUGGACUAUUUACCAAGCAGUUGCCGGUAAUUGAGUACACCGGUUCCGGUGGGAUUUUGGCGGAUGAAAUGGGUCUUGGGAAGACGUUGGAAGUUAUUUCUCUGAUUUUAAACCACCCAUUAAAUGAUUGGAAGGAAGUAGGUGGCCAUUUACGAUCACUUGAGGACCAACCAUUUGAUUUGAACCAUUCAAAAAUUUCUGAAAACGAUCCCGGUAUAAUAAAUGAACGGCUUAAUGACGACCACAUUCUUUGUACUUGUGGUGGUGUAAGUGAAACUGAAAACUUUGAUGUCGUCAACUGUUCCCUAUGCAAUGGCCCUGGUCAGCACGCGGCGUGUGUUCAGUAUAACCCAAAAGAAUAUAUAAAUCGCCUUCCAGUUAAAGUGGGAUAUGUAUGUCCACAGUGUUGGACCAAGAUUCGAAUAUAUUCAAAAGCUACGCUGAUUAUCUCCCCUGAUCAUAUUUGGCAACAAUGGAAAGAAGAGUUACAAACACAUGUGUCACCUGGUGCAUUACAAGUAUUGAUUUAUGCCGGUAUGGAAGCUCCUGUGACAUAUGUUGACCUUGGGAUUCGUGGAUCUGUUAAAGAGCAGGGAAACACAAAUCCUUUUGCUUUACGUACCCAUGUUUCUGCAAAAUUUGUUUCGGAGGAUAGAACUCACGAAAAAACAAUUCUCCCUGGUUUCGUUCAACCGCCUCAAUUAGCAUGUGCCGAUGUUGUACUCACCUCAUACUCUGUAGUUCAACGUGAAUUAGACUGGGCUGAAGUUGUUGCAAGUCGUCAAUCUGGCCAUGGACAUAGGCCGAAAUUGCGUUUAACUCAACGUUAUCUUUGUCGCCCUAGUCCACUUACUUGUGUUCGUUGGUGGAGGAUUUGUUUAGAUGAAGCACAAAUGGUGGAACGUGUCACAUCGAAAACUGCUCGAAUGUUAUCACAAAUCACUGCUGUUAAUAGAUGGUGUGUUACUGGUACACCAGCUGAAAAAAGCAUAGAUGACUUUUUUGGCCUAUUCGCUUACCUUCGACUGACACCGUAUUCUUUUUCACACUACUGGAAUAGUUUGUUAUACCAACCAUUUCUUGCUGCAUGCUCUACAUCCUGGGGCAAGGAAAACUCGGAUUCUGAAAAUGAACUCAAGCCUGAUAUGGAUAAUUCAUUCAUUGAUGAAACACUUGUUGCUAGGACUGAUUUAGGAAAAAUUAUUAGUAGAAUUUUAUGGAGAAAUACUAAAUCACUUGUAGGUGAUCAGCUUGCCAUACCUCCACUCACUGAACAAACUCACUGGAUCACGUUCACUCCUGUUGAACGAUACAUACAUGAUCGUGUGUUAGCUCAAUCAGCUGGUGCAUUAGGACGUUUAGUUCAAACAUUGUCACUUUCACCUGAUGAACCAUUAUGCAGUUUACCUACAGAUGCACACUGUCGUUUAGUCUAUUUAAUCACUCGACUACGUCAAGCAUGUACACAUCCUAGUCUUGUUGUUGCUAAAAGUAAUCAAACAAGACGUGGACAUUCUGAAAUAGUUGCUAAUAUGGUACGUGUAGGCGUUAACGAAGAUGAUCAAUAUUCUGAUAGUGCUGCUAUUGUAACUGGUGCACAAGCCCAUCGUAAUCUAGGCACUGGAUGUUUUACGAUGACUGAAGUUAUACGUCGAGUUGUUGAUGAAACGAGAAGAGAAUGUGAAGGACUUUUACGUACUUGGGUAUUCAAUAAAAAUGGUGCUGCUGGUUGUUUCAUUAUCAAAAAUGAGUUAGUUCAAGCUGCAGACUGUUACCGAGAUGUAUUACGUUCAACUGAAAGUCUCGAAAGACAUCAUGGUAUUCUUGCUGACUGGAGUCAACGACUUCAUUCAGUAACAAAUUUACACUGGUUAAUUGAAAGUAAAAAAGUUCCACUAUUAGAUGAACCUUUACCUGUUCUACCGAAUAGACCACCACCGUUAUUACAAAAUGCUUCAUGCUCUGUUGUUUCAAUCAAUACUAAAAAAUACGAAGAGUUUAGUCUUGAAGGAUUAGAUCCUCGUGUAGAUAGAGAUCUACAGGCUAAAGCUGAACGCAUGCGAACUACAUAUAUCCAAAUGCAUUCUCAAUUACUCGCCAAAGUACGUGACAGCUUAGAUCCAAUUGUAACACAAUUAGAUGAUGAAUUUGAUUAUCACCGAAGAAAUAGAACUAGUGAUCAGCUAACGGAGAAAAUGGCUGCUAUAGACGCUGGAGGAUGGCUUAGUUGGCUUACAGAAGCCAUAGAUUGGCUUAUUGCUUCAGGUUUAGGCAACAGCUUGAUUGAUAUGCUGAUAGCAAGUUUUCAAAGUACACCACAUAUGAAUCGAGGUGGAUUCAGAACAACGCUUCUUCAUGCUGGUUCUCCGAUUAGUUUCAAAGCUAUGCUGUUAACUGAACUAGGUGAAGUUUUCACAACACGUGAACAAAUGAGAAUAGCUAUGAAACCAAUGGAUGAUACAUGGAUGUCUUUUAUUAAUGGUCAAGAAGUUGAUCAAAGUAUUCUCCAACCAUUUUAUCAAUGUUGUGCUAGAAUUUUCGAUACAGAUGAUGAAAACAAACGCAAAGAAGAGAAAAAGAAGACUAAGGUUAAAUCAGAGGAGAAAACAAAAAAAUCUCAGCCAAAUGGUACUACUACUACUACUACUAGUACUCCUACUGCUACUGGUAGUAGUCGUCGUUCACCAAAGAAAACACAUUGUGCUUAUUGUAUUGCUUUAAGAGCACUACGGGAUUAUCAACGUGCACUAAACCAUGAACGUGCAAAACCUACUUCAAGUCGUCCAUAUAUCUAUGAAUUUGAUGUUGAUGAUAAUUCAGAGGCAUUGAAAAAAUCAUCUACUGCUAUGGCGGCUAUAGAAGCAGCAGGAACUGGUCUUAUUUUAAAUAAUCCAUUAGUUAUGUCAUUGUCUAUUGUCUGUCAACAAACCUCCAAACUUUUAUCGAAUACUCCGCAAAGUGAAUUACCAUUUUCAAAAAUUUAUUAUCAAGCAAAAGCUAAACGUUUAGAACAAUUAAUACGUUUAAUGGGAAAAGAGAUAUUAUUAACAAGUCGUACACAAUCUUUGACCAAAGAAUGGUGGAAUAUACACGAUGAUACUGAACAGUUUGUUGUUCGCCUGCAAGCCACAUGUCCAACAGGCUUAGCAUUUAUUCAUCAAGAUGAGGUUGAUCAUCAACUAUAUCGUUCAUUAGUUGAAGCUGAUAUGAUAUGGCCCCGACUACAGUCUCGUCUUGGCCGUUAUAAUUUUCUGCGCAACGCUUAUUUGUCAGCAGUGACUGGUUUGCCGACAGAUGAAAAUAAUCCAAAUAAUAGUGAACGGCCAAGAACUCAUCCAAUUGAAUGUCCUACCUGUUUUCAAUCACAUUCACCAUCAACACCAACGUUUGUUUUACUACCUGGUUGUUGGCAUAGUUUAUGCUUUAAUUGUCAUCAGCGUAUAGCUACAAUGCCAGAAACCACUCAACGACGUUGUCCUAUCUGUCGGACACCAUUUGAAUCAAGAGAGAUCACAGGUAUGAAUGCUCGACGUCGACAACCUUUAACACUUAUUCACUAUGCUGGUAAUGAAACAAAGCAAGAAAAUCAAAUGAAAUCUGAAGAUAACGAAGAAGACUUGAAUAUAGUGGGUGAUCAUAGCACAAAAGUGAGAGCUGUUAUACGAUGUUUAAAAGUGAUUAAACGUGAUGAUCCAGAUGCUAAAGCUAUUGUUUUCAGUUCUUGGUUAUCAGUCCUAGUAACACUAGCUGGAGCAUUAGAUCAAAAUGGUCUAUCUUAUACAACUUUAUUUCAUGCACGUGAUGCAUGUUGCCCUGGAAGAUUAGCUGGUUUUCAAUGUUUUGGUUCAACAACAUGGAUACUUUUAAUGCCUGUUCAACUCGGUGCAAAUGGUUUAAAUUUAACUUCAGCAAAUCAUGUACUUUUUAUUGAUCCAGUGUUAUCACAUGCAAGAGAAGCGCAAGCAAUUGCUCGAAUACACAGAAUUGGACAAACAAGACCUGGAAUUGUUCAUCGUUUCUUGGUUAAAGAUAGCAUUGAAGCCACCCUGCAUGCAUCACAUUGUCGUAAUACAAAAGUUGGUCCGUAUAAUUUAGACACAGAGUGUAUGAUUGGUGCUGGUACAAAACGAACCUCUUCUACUGCCUUGGGUGUUGCUGGCCCUAGUGAAGAUAGAGAACAAUUAAUGAGUAUGACAAUUGGACAGCUUACAGAAUUAUUACAUUAUGAGUGCAAUACAGCUAUGCUAACAGAUGAAAUGGCAUUGCCAUCAUUUUCUUUGAUAUAAAAUACUAUUUUCUCUUGUUUGUUCUUUGUGUAUAUUUAGAAGCAUUUUUUGGUUUUGUUAUAAAGUUGUUAUUCCGCGCCGCCCCCCGCGCCAUCAUGUUAAAACAUUAAUUUACAUUUGUUUCAAAUGUUAUUUUCAUCCGAAUUCUGUUCAUUAUCGUUAAGUCAUCUUAGAAUCAUGAACCCUAUCACGCACCUACACGCAUUUGGGAGUUACUGCCUUCAUUUCGCAUUAUCAUAUGAAAUAUAUAUAUAUCCUCUUUUUAAAAUCUCAAUUUACUUUUUUCUCAUUUCUUGAUGUUGUUUUAAUGAGGUUCGGAUGGCUAGUCUCAUGCUCUC